AUGAAUAAUCUCACCUUAUACUGUGCUUUUGCUGCUUCGGCCGCCGGAGCCAUCUUGAACCUUUUUCGCAAGAAGUACACUUUUAACACCCCUACAGGACUCAUGGCCUUGUUACUCUACACCCCUCCUCAUAAUGAGAAAACGAGGGUUUCCCUACUCAUGGCUGUUGCUGCCUCGGUGGGGGCCGAAUUCAGUCUUUACUUCAUUGUGUUCAUCACUUCAGCUGAUCUAACUAGUAGGGUUACGCACAUUCCUGUUCUUUAUAUCGGAAUCAUCACCUUGGCUUAUGCUUGUAUGAGCAUUUUCGUUCUUUGCCGAGGAGCCUGUGAUAUGGUUGCGAAGCGCAGAGAAGACCUCUUCAAUGCUCUUGUCAUUCAAAUGAUUAUGAACUUUGUGGAUUCGAUGGUGGGGAAGAAGAAUCUGAAGAUUAAGGAGGAGUCGAGUUAUCUGGUUGCAUCCAUAGUUUGCUGA